UUAAUCUCUGUCUUGCUCAGUUUCUUCAGUAUUACACCCAUCAUUGGGGAAAGGUUUGCAUUAAUUAUGGUCAAAGCAUGGGAUGGAAUAUUACUUUACUGUCAAAAACAGGGAUUUUGAGGAAUUCUGAAAAGGCAGUAAAAGCCCCAUAGAAGUGACCCAGAGAAUGAGGAACAGAAGCAGAGAAGUAAAUAAAUGAAUCCUGACUUCAACAAUGCCAAUGGAGAGACCAUUAGACAAAACUUUUUCUGAUUAGAACUGUUACUUGUGGCUGGGGAAAUGGAACGUAUAACUUCUUUCUUUGGAAAGUCUGGGGGACUGCAAGUAUAGAACGGUGCAUGGCCUGUCAGUCGCGGAUGACUGGCUCCUUUGAUUUUGUUAGGAGUGGGGUGCCGCUUUUAUUGGAGAAUGUAGUGAAAUAAAUGUGACAGAAAACCAAAAGGCAUAAGAAAGAGGCAUUUCUUUUCUUUUCUUCUUUCUUUCUUUCUUUCUUUCUUUCUUUCUUUCUUUCUUUCUUUCUUUCUUUCAAGAAAAGACAACUGGAGUUUAGGGCUCUAGAUAGACUCUGGAGCUUCAAAACACCUGUUCCUUGAUUUGGGUCCUUGAUAGGACCCAAGUAUAAAAAGUGAUUGAUGUGCACUUAGUACCCCUAAAAGAAGGGCCAAACAAGUCUUGUCCUAGGAAUUCUGAGGAACAAACCCUCCAAAGAGGCUUGGCACAGGCCAGGAAAACAACAUGAAAAAAGUAUACCUGAAGUUUAAGGAGAUUGGAAAAACCGAGAAGAUUAAAGAGAGAAAGGACAUCAGACUCGGACACUACAGUAGAUGGAAGGAAAAAGGUGAUCCAGACAAAUGCAGAACCAAGACGCAUAAAUUGGUGGUGAUGGGCCCCAGUUGUGUGGGCAAGAGCGCACUGACCAUUUGGCUUAUUAAGAAUCGAUUUCUGACAGAGUAUUACCCCACCAUCGAAGAUUCCCGCCAUAAGCAAACCAUGGUGGAUGAAGAGCUGUGCCAGCUGGACAUCCACAACACCACGGGCAUUGAAGAGUAUUGCCCUCUGAGGGACAAGUUCAUACACUGGGUGGAGGGCUUCCUCUUUGUCUAUGCAGUGAAUGACUUCAGCUCUUUUAAGAAUGUUAAUGUCUUCUGGAACCAUCUGCAGAGGCUCAAGGACACUAACCACAUACCCAUGGUGUUGGUGACCAACAAAGUGGACAUGGCCAACAGGAUUGUAGACCCCACACUGGGCAAGGUAGUGGCCAAGAGCUUUGGGGUCCCUUUUGUGGAGACAUCAGCUAAGACUGGGUAAGGUGUGGAGCAAGCCUUCCAUGAGCUGGUUAGCGAAAUUCAUAGGAUACAAGCUGAGGAGAAGGAGCUCAAGAAUCUCCCUAAUACUAAGAGGAGGCAGGCCUGCGAGUUCAAGUAUUGCACAAUCCUAUGAGCAGGUGCACUCUUACACCUAUCCUGCCCCUACUUACCCCCUUCCCUGGCCAAGAAUACCCUCAAAGCCCCUAGCCACUCCCCAGCCCUCAAGACCUCCAUCUGGACCCUUCCUUUUACCUGCUCUUCACUGCCAAGCCCUUUUGGGCCUUAUUGGGAUUUCUCCAGGAGCCUCAUGGAGGGGGACCCCUCUUAGUUUCUCCAUUAAGUCCUUUUGGGAUUUUUGAUUGUUUCCCCUUUUGAGAAGGAAUGACUACCUCACUGCCUUGGGAUCCUCACCAGGCAAAAAAAGACUCCAUCCCUCCUUGAGUGUGCAGCUGCCCCAAGUCUCUCUGGCUGCCAGAAGCCCUAGACACAGCCAGGUCUCUGGCUGCUUUCUCUCAUUCAUCAGCAGCCUCCUCUCUGGCUUCCUUGAGGUUAUGUGUGGGAUUUUCUUUAUUAGGCUUUCCCCUUCUUCCCCAGAGAUCCUGCCUCUGGAAACCAGGCAGUAGUGAUUCUCCCUUCUUCCCCUGGGUUGAUGCUGUCUGGGGCUAGGUCACUACCCUGUUGUGGCCCAGAAGUCUUUGUUUUGUGGUGUUGGUGAGGAGCCCUGCUCUGAAGUGGUCCCUAUUCAGUGACCCUCAAAAGACCAAACUGGAGUUUUGGGGGGGUUUUUUUGUUGUUGUUGUUACUCACAUUGAGCGAGUUGCCCUUGUUCUCAACUUGCAUAUCAUCUAGAGCACUUCCAAUAGCAAUGAGGAGUUUGGGUGGAAUGGAGGCUGCCUUCUACCAGGAGGGUACCUUUUGGACAUAAAUGCCAUUAAUAUUAUUAUUUAUGCUUUAGUACCCAGAUAAACCCUUUUAGACAUUGCAAGUUGCAGUAUUUUAAUUGCCCCCAAGAGAAGUGGGGUAGAGGGGCCUGACUGGAAAUGUUCUUGGCAGAUACCUCACAGCUACAGGUAAGGUGGGAAUAGGAGCCUUCUGACCUGGGCAUCUCUGUACUACCUCAGGAGUUGUGAUGAAAAGGGCAGGUGGGCGAUUCUCCCGUUUAGUAUUAAGUAUUAAGUAUUCUAAUUAAGCAUUAAGAUUCUAAAGCUACCUGUUGGCUUUGGGGGUAGGCGGUGAAUAGGAAGAGAAAUUCAUUUUAAAUGGAACUU